AUGUUUGAAACGAAGGAAGAAUUGGUUUACACAGAUCUUGGUCAUAUCAAGGAUGGUAUUGCAGAUUUGGCAGCUGGAACAUUCAGUUUAAUGAAUUGUUUUAAAGGAGGUGUAGUGAACGUGAUUGCUGGACAACCAUUAGAUACUGUUAAGGUGAAAUUACAAACAUUUCCAAAUCUUUACCGAACUGGUAUAUCUUGUAUGAAAAAAACUGUAAAAGUAGAUGGUAUUCGAGGAUUAUAUGCAGGUACUGUUCCAGCUUUGGUAGCAAAUGUAGCCGAAAAUGCUAUUUUGUUUACUGCUUAUGGUUACUGCAAAAAGCUGGUGGCAUUUUGCGUUGGGCGUUCAAGUUUGGAACAGAUGACACCUGUUGAAAAUGCAGUAUCUGGUUCGUUAGCAUCUGUUUUUGCGGCUAUGGCUCUUUGUCCAACAGAACUUGUAAAAUGUAAAUUGCAAGCUAAAAGAGAAAUGUUCCCAGAAGCGAAAAGCACGCCUUUUUCAAUUUCUCGUGAAAUAUAUCGAACGCAUGGAUUGAGAGGAUUCUAUACUGGUAUGGUAGCAACACUGUGUCGUGAAAUGCCUGGGUACUUUGCUUUUUUCGGCGCAUACGAAUUAUCUAGAUUCUAUUUUACACCGAAAGGAAAGUCGAAAGAUGACAUUGGAAUAUUACGAACAGCGAUAUCUGGAGGAAUUGGUGGCGUAGGCUUAUGGUUUCUUAUUUACCCCGUAGAUGUAGUGAAAUCUCGGACGCAGAUUGCUGGGUCGGGAAGUUUUACUAGAAUGUUGACCAAAAUUAUAAGAAAAGAAGGUAUUCGAGCAGUUUAUAAAGGAUUAACAUUUACUUUAAUUCGUGCAUUUUGGGCUACUGCGUGCCUUUUUGUAAGUUAUGAGAAUUCGAAAUUGUUAUUUAAAUCUUGGCUGUCAUGA